CUCGCUUUCUCCUCCUUCAACCCAGGUCCACCGCCAUCGCCCCGCAGCCCACAGUGCCCUGCCGCAACGCGACCAGCCCCCACCGAGCCAAAGCAGGCGGCAUGAGGCUUGAUCCGGUGCAUCUAUCCAUGCUGCUCAUCGGGGUCUCAUUCGCCUGCUACUCCCCGAGUCUGAAUUCCCUGCAGGACCAAGCUUACAGGUCCGCCGUGGUGAUCGAGGGCAAGGUGCAGUCCACGCCUGCGGGGAACGCGUCCGUAGAGCCGUACCGUGUGAGUGUCAAAGUGCUGGAGGUCUGGCCCCUGAACAGCGGCGGUCUGGAGCGGGAGCAGCUCGUCACCGUGGGGGAGUUCGGAUCCGAGGCUCCGUGCGCCAAAGUGAAAAAGAACCACAAGUACAUCUUUUUUAUGGACCCCACGGACGAGCCCUUGGUUUUCAAGGCAUCGUUCGCGCCCGUUGACACGAGUGGGAAGAACCUGAAGAAGGAUGUUGGGAGGAUCUUGUGUGAGAACUGCGCUGUUGCUCCAAAGUUAAAACCAAUCAAGAAUCCCAUCGUCGUUGGUGAGGGAAGCAAGCUUAUGGUGAAGUGUGAGGCCACAGGAAAGCCUGUCCCAACCUACAGAUGGUUUAAAGAUGGCAAUGAGCUGACAAGUAGUCGAAAAGUCAAGAUCAAGUCCAACUUGAAAUCCUCCAAAGUCCAGAUCAACAGAGCGAAACUGGAGGAUUCUGGGAAUUACACGUGUGUGGUGGAGAACUCGCUGGGGAAGGACAACUCCACUGGCACCGUCAACGUACAAAGCAUAACCACAACGCUAUCUCCAGGCUCAGGCCAUGCCCGAAGAUGCAAUGACACAGAGAAGACCUUCUGUGUGAAUGGCGGCGACUGUUACUUCAUCCCUGGUAUAAAUAAGAUUUCCUGCAAGUGUCCAAAUGACUUUACUGGUGAUCGCUGUCAAACCUACGUUAUGGCCAGUUUCUACCAGCAUCUUGGGAUUGAAUUUAUGGAGGCAGAAGAACUCUACCAGAAAAGAGUCCUGACAAUCACGGGUAUUUGUGUGGCUCUGUUGGUGGUAGGCAUCCUGUGUGUGGUUGCCUACUGUAAAACCAAGAAACAAAGAAAGAAGAUGCACAAUCAUAUGCGACAGAACAUGUGUCCUGAACAUCCCAAUCGUAACCUUGCUAACGGACCUAAUCACCCAGGACCCGGCCCGGAGGAAAUCCCUAUGGUGGAUUACAUAUCAAAGAAUGUCCCUGCAACUGAGCGAGUCAUACGGCCCGCGACAGAGCGAUCAUUCCCAGCCAGUCACGCCUCUUCCAGAUCUCACAACUCUUCCACACGAGCCCACUCAUCAACUCAAAGACAUGAGGAACGGACAUGGAGCCUGGAACGUUCUGAAAGUUUCCUCUCUGACUCGCCGGGAAUGAUGUCAUCGUCCGUGGGGACCAGUAAAUGCAGCAGUCCUGCGUGCAUGGAAGCGCGGGCGCGGCGAGCUGCUCACUGUGGUUAUUCUGAUCCCCAUCGGCCGGGGCUGCAGUACGGGGACUCGUUCGACUCGCUGGGAGACUCUCCGCACAGCGACAGGUACGUGUCAGCCCUGACAACACCAGCCCGCCUGUCCCCGGUGGAUUUCCAUUACUCGUUGCCCCCCCAGGUGCCUACCUUUCAGAUAACAUCCCCCAAUGCCAGCCACGCCAUGUCGCUUCCUCCUGCUGUCCACAACCCCUAUCCUCCAGAGGAUGACCAGCCGCUGCUGCGCCGCUACCAGGUGCCCCUACAUGACGCCCAGUGCCAGGAGCCCUACCGGCAGCAGCGCCGCACCUACCUAAAGAACAGCAGGGGCAGCCUGCCCUCCAGCCCCUACCGGCUGGCCGAGGAAGAAGACUAUGAGACUACCCAGGAGUACCUCUCCUCUCGGGAGCAACCAAAGACAAGUGGGUCCAGUGAAACUGGUAGCCGGCGCUGGAAGAGAUCCAGACUGAACGGCCACGUGGCCCCGCGUGGAUACGAGGCAUCUCGGGACUAUGGAUCUCGAAGCUGCCUAACAGAAAGCGAGUCAGAGGAGGACGGUGAGAGCACUCCCUUUCUCAGUAUGCAGAACAUGAACGCCGAGCCCUCUACCAUCUACAGGCCGGUGGACACUCGGACUUCUCACUCAUCAGGGUGGCACAGCGGGCGUGGCAACAUGCAUACAAGACUCACACAGUCGCGCUCCAAACCGGACAGUACGCCCCAUUAAAGAGUGACGAUGAACCAACAAAAAUCAAUAUAGUAUAGACCUGCAUCUAUAAGAAAUAUUUUUAUUUUAUAUAACUGACAGAUAUUCUAAACAAAUGAAAUAUUUAUUUUCAUUUUAGCAAAAGUUGUCUACUAGUUAACAGCAAAGAAUUUUUUAUAGGGAAAACUCUAUUUAUAUGUACAUUUUGAUUUACAGCAUAAAAAAGAUGUGCCAGUUUUUUCACAACGUUAAAAAAAAAAAAAAAAAAAUAGAGUAAUAUUGUGGUGCCUUUUGCUGUUUGCCGAUGCCAGAGGGCCAGUGGAGGUUUUUGUAGCCUUUCUUAUAUGGACGCCUCAUUUUUUAUACACAUUUAUGUUCUUUUGUUCUGUCUGAUUUUUUUUUUUUUUUUCCUGUCUCACUUUCUUUCCAAAAAAAAAAGGCAUUCUUUGAGAAGUCUGUCCCCACUGGAGCAUAACCCCUUCCAUGUCACGCAAUAUAAACCACUUCAACAUAAAGUGUGUGUUUACAUUAAUAUGAUUCGUCCUGUAGGGUUUGGUGGUUCGGGGAUAUAACAGAACGCCUGAUAAAUACAAUGUAGAACAUUUCUGACGUAUGUGCCCUGAGAGACGAAGAAAGAAGAUAGUGAUGUUUGGUUGAGUGCAGGUACAAAUGAAUCUGUGUGAGUGUAACGUUGCUUGCAUGCUUUCGUGAAUGUUAGGAGAAUAUCAUGUUGUGAGAUUAAAUGUGUGGAUCUCAGGAGAGCUGCCACUGACCCCUUCUCCUCUUCCCCUCUCCCUCCCUUUGUGUAGGUGGACAGGUAAGGCCGAGUUGUAUUAUGCAGGUCAUUUCUUAAUGAUGUAUUUAUAACUGUCUGGCCCCAAGUCUUCCCCUAUUCUGUCCUUUUUAAAACAUCCUUGUACGAGGCCAACAAACGCUUAGCUGAUGGGCACGGAGUGGGCAUACCGACGUAGGAGACCAAAUCAAAAGAUAUAAUCUGUUUUCACUCAAAACGACUCCUCCUCCCACAUCUCAUUAUCAUUCUGUAUCCAUUCUGUUUCUGUGGCUUGUUUUAAAGGCCACACAGUGUCUCAGGAUUUCCACAUACCCCGCUCCACCCCACACACCCACUUUCACCUCCUCUCACCCCUUGAGUAAGGCCUACCUAAGACGAUGGUUCUCGGAAGUUGAGGACCUGGAGAUAAACACGCUACCAGUCUACCAGUCCCACGCAAAGAAGCAGCUCUGCUGAAGGAGAGUAAAAACAAUGUAGGGAAUUAGCUGUGAAAACUACGGAGGAUCAUACAAUGCAAAAAUAUGCAAACUUUACAUUUUGCUGUUUGACUACAUCAUUUUCUAAGAGGUGACUGUAGUGUGUUGUGUGCGCAAAAAAAAAAAACUCUGUCAUGCCUGUGGAGCAGAAUGAAAACAAUGGGUACCUACCUGAGUUAUUUUUUUAAAGCCAUUAUGCAGACAUCUAUCCACUGCUUUGAUCCAUCCUUCACUUGCUCACAGAACAACUGUGUCUGUGACACAGGAUUUAAUUAGACCACUCCACAUCACACAUACACUCCCAAAUAUUGUCUCGUCUAGUAGUGCUGUGUACUGCUUUGUCUGUUUGACACGUUUUAUCAUUUUGAAUUUAAUCUGUAAAUGAUCGUUUUACCAAGGUGCUCAUAUAGUAAGUAAUAUCACCCUCGUUUAAAGUAGAGAUGUGCCAAGAAUCAAACUCAACUUGUCUGGAGACUGUUCAAUCAAAUACUCAAACUGACUUUGCAAACCCAAAGGAGGCGACACAUGGAGAUGAGUGGGGUCAAUAGAGUAUUAGUCUAUUCUUUUAAACAUUUCAGCUCUUUUCAGUUUUAUUCUUUUUUCAGGCUAAACAGCACUUGCAGGAAAUCCAGUGAUCUUUCUUGUUGGUCUUUAGCAUGUCCCAUGCUAUAUGACAUGAUGUGCGUGGUGAAGGUUUCGCCUUAAAUAUGCUACUUACCUCGGCACAUAGACCAUCUGUAACCAGAGACCAGCUUUUACCAGUCAGCUGAUGCUAUGACUGACUUGCUCGAUGAGUGAGAGGACAUAACGGGGAGACCUUGACCUCAACCGCCCCAAUCCCCUUCACUAUUUGAUCCAUUCAUCAAACACAUGUAGAGAGUAAAAUAGUUCUACCUGUUUUCAUUGUCGGUGAGGAGUUUGAAAAGGAAGUCUAAGGACGUAUGUAGAUGUAAGAAAUGAUAUAAACUGAAACUAUUUUUCAUUGUUGAUUUGUUUUUUCAUGCUGCAAAAUUAAAGAGCAAGUAUUAUCCAGAUGCUGGGGAUUUUGCUCCCUCAUCACCAACUUGUACUUUUGCACUUUACAUAGUGUUUUCCCCUUUUCAUUAGUUAUAGGAAAGAGCCGCCAGGCAGAGGACAUCAAUUGGUGACUAUUAGAAUAUUUAUUAUUUAAAGACAAAUCUUGGGAAUUUUGGUGUGUUAUUUGACAUCUUUUCAGACUCGAACAUGAAAGCUUCUAUAGGUUUUCUGUGCUUUGUAUGCCCUCGUUCCAAAACAUUCAAAGGUCACCCAGUCCUCUCUCAGCAGUGUGUCCCAGCUGUAGACAAGAAUAAGAGAACUUCAUCCCAUUUAUCUCCAGACAGUAAUGGCUGUAAUGUUGUCAUUUUUUUAACUUCUACAUGGAUUUAAAAAAAUCUAAACAAAUAUAAAUAAAGUUUGAGAAUGUAUUUUAGCUCAUUUUUGUCACGUCCAGAUAAAGAUCUAAAAUUGUGACUUGUGAAGAAAGUUUAUUUGGAAUACAAAACAGUGUUUUACCCACUUUUUGCUUUCCCAAAAUGCCCUUUGCCUUUUAGAAUGGCUGUUACAAAUAUACACACUUCUCCAAUUGCAUAAAUUAGAUUGUUAAGCCAAUAGCUACUUUGCUUAGUGAGGAGCUGACAAAACAAUGUUUUGCUACAUUAGCAAAGAAGCAAAAUGAUUUGGAGUUGAUUCCUGUAGAUACCAGGACUGCCAAACACACUACAGAAAAUAUUCUCCGGAUUUCAGAAUCUUAAGGUAAUGGUUUACAUUGUCUUGGGAAUACACACAGAGACUGGUGUUCACAUCUACUAAUGCUAAGAGCACUGAUCACGCUAACUCCUAACAUAAGAUGCUAAGUUCAGCUUUAAAAGGGCACUCCAUCUGAUUUUGUUUUGGAUUAAAAGAGUGAACCUCUCAAUAGGAUGUCAACGCCAUGCUGAAGACAGAUAACG